CGUGUAACUUAAGCUUAACCUCUCCGUGUGCUUUGUACCCUUUUCAUUGGUCUCAACAACGUAACACUAUUAUCAACUCAUCAUUUAUUCCACUUCCCCACAAAUAUAAACAAAAUUAAAAUCUUCCGACUCCGAAACGACGCCGUAUCUUUCGUCUUCUUCCUUUUGCUUCCUCCCUCCUACUUCAUCACAGAAUCACAACACAUUUAUAGAUCUACAGACUACAGACAUUAUUUUUCACACAGUAGUCAACUACUUUCAUUUUCAUUCUCUCGCUAAUUAAUUUAUCUUCUUAAGAUUUAAGUGAUUGAUACUGAAUUGUAUAGUUGAUUAAUUUGAUUGAAUGUGAAUAAGAAUGUCGGAGAAUUAUGAUUCUGAAAAUAAUCCAGAGAUAACAACAUCAAUUGAUGAUGACGAUGAUGAUAAUGUUAUUGUCGGUGAUAGUUCUGAGUCAACGAUUAAUCAGGAAGUGAGUUCAAGGGAAGCUAAUUAUGAUAGUAAUAACAGUAAUGACGAUGGGGUUAUUGUAAAUGCUGAUCAUAAUGGGAGUGGUGGAGAUUCUGAUGGGGUGGUUGUCUCUGAUGAUGCUGGCAGGGAGGAUAUGUUUCUUGAUGCCCCAGAGGAUUUGGGAGCUGAUGGGAGAGAUUCAACAGGUGAGCCUCAAGAGAGCACAGAUUGGGAUGAAGACAGAGUUCAUGAGUCCCAAACUCGGUUUAGUCGGUUGGACAAUGAGAUGCAGAAUGAUUACAUGGUGGAUGAGAUGGAGAGGCUUCGAGCCAUGCUAGAUAAGACCGUAAAUGAGAAAGAAAGCAUCGCAAGAGAACACAAGGAUGAGAUGGAGAUGGCUGCAAAAGGAAUUGCAAAUCUUCGAAAUCAGAUGAGGGAUAUGAUUAAUAAGCAGUUGUUAAUAGAUGAUAAUCAGUUCAGAUCUCAUGAAGAUGCAGUGCAGACGCCAUUACAUGAGUUGAUACACGAAUGCUCCAUGUUUCUAAGGAGUGUCGUGGAAGAGUUUCAGGAUUUGAAUACGAAAUCAACCGAGGCCUCAGUGUCACGUGAGGUUUUCAAUGCUUAUUUAAAUUCUGCUCAAAAUCAGUCUGCAGAGAUUCAGUUUCAGAAGGAUCAGUACAUGGAGGACACCACAAACAGGAUGUUGAGUUCUUUGGCAUCGGUCGUGUAUGUAGGGGAUUUAUUGGAUAACACUCUUAUAGGGAGGAUAGCGCACAUUGAGAAAAGUGUGUUUUCCUUGAUUGAAAACUAUAACUGGUUCCUAUUUCAAGGUGACCAGCUUAGGCAGUGUUUGGUGCAGGUAAGGCCUGAUCUAGGAGAGCAGACUGACUAUGGGGUUAUUUUUGCCGCAGCAAAUCAAGAGCUGCUUGGGUUCCCAAAGAAGGAGACAGAUUUUGUUGAGAAGAUGAGUCAUUUUGAAAGUGAAAACAGUAAACUCAUGGAGCAGAUUGAGACGCACAAGGCAAUGUAUGAUGCAGCAACUGCGGAACUUGAGAAACUGAAAGCUGAACUUGACCAUGAAAAGCAUAGAUAUUUCAAUACCAAAGAAAAGCUUUCGUUGGCCGUGACUAAGGGGAAGGCAUUGGUUCAGCAGAGGGACUCACUGAAACAAACUGUAGCAGAUAAAACAAGUGAACUUGAUAGAUGCCUUGUUGAAUUGAAGGAGAAAUCCAGUGCAUUAGAGGCUGCAGAGCUAAUUAAGGAAGAGUUGGUGAGAAGCCAGAUUUCAGGUGCAUCAUUGCAGGAACUGCUAGCAGAAAAGGAUUUAAUUCUUGAAAAGUUAGAUGAUAUUAUGCUUCAGAUUAGUAUACCAGAAUUAUCAAAGUCAAAGGAUGUUACUGAAAGAAUCAGAUGGAUUGUGGAUGAAAGGACUGCGUUAAAGGAUGAUUCUCUGAAAUUCCAUCAAUUGGCUGAUAUCUUGUUGUCAAUCAAGCUCCCUGAAAACGUUUCUUUUUCUGAUCUUGAAUCUCGUCUUGUUUGGAUUACAAAAUCAUAUGAUGAAGCAAAGGCUGAAAUGGGGAAACUGCAGGAUGAGAUUAAAAGAACAAGAGAAUCACUUAGUGAGGCUACCUCAGAAAUAGGCAUUUUGCAAGGUGAUAAUUCUUGUAUAAGGGAAACUGCUGUCAGAGAGAUGGACCACUUAAUUGCUUUACUUUCAACAGUUCUAGUUGAAAGGGAAUAUGUUACUGUGGAGUUGGAAGAUAUGAGUAACAAGUUUGAAACAACUGUUCUAAGUGAACGUCAGGCUAUAUCAGAGAAGGAAGACAUUUUGAAGAUUUUGCAAAAAGCUUCUGGAGUCGCAGUGGUUGAUGGCCAGCUUCCUGAGAUUGAUGUGCUUGUGGAAUGCCUUGCAAACAUGAAAGAAGGAAACAAUUCUACUCAUGAUUCAUUAGAGGUCAAAGAUGAAAAUUUUCGAAUAAUGCAGAUUCUCUUGUAUGUUAAGGAUCUGGACUCAGCACUCCAUGAGAUAUUGUUCAAAGAAGAGACCCUGAUAAUGAAAAUGGAGAUAAAUAACUUGUUAACUGAUUUAACUAGAGCUUCUGAAGAAAAAGCCUCUCUUAAGGAACAAAAUGAGAAGUUGCAGAAGGAUCUUGAUCGAAUUGAGGAGAAAUCAGCUUUAAUUCGGGAAAAAUUAUCAAUGGCAGUGAAAAAAGGCAAGGGACUGGUUCAAGAACGAGAGGGCCUGAAGCAACUUAUUGAUGAGAAGAGUUCAGAAAUUGAGAAGUUAAAGGUUGAAUUAGAGCAAAGAGAGCUUGCUAUCAUUAACUAUGAGAAUGAGACUAGUAAGCUAUCUCAGCAGGUGCUUAGCAUUGCAAAGUUGGAGGAAGAUGGCCUUGCCCUAGAAGAUCAACGAAAUCAACUAGAGAGGGAUUUUUCUGUGAGCAACAAGUUGGUGAAUGUUCUGACAGAGUCUAUACAUAGCAUUGCUUUACCUGCAGAUUUAAGUUUUGAAGAACCUGUCGAUAAGUUGAAGUGGCUUGCUGGAUACUUUAGUGAAUGCGAAGCUGUCAAAGUACAGGCUCAGCAACAAUUGGACGAUGCAUUGGUUGAAGUUGAAACAUUGACUUCCCAGGUCUCAGAAGCACAGUCAAUUAUCAAGUCGCUCGAAGAUGCACUGGCAGUUGCAGAAGAGAAAUAUUCUCAUCUUUCUGCAGAGAAGGCAGAGCUUGAAAAUGUCCGGACUUCUUUUCAUGAACGACUGGAAAAAGCGAUGCAAGAGGUGCAUUUGUUAGCAGAAGCUGAUGCUGCUAAAAGCUCACUGGAUAAUGCUCUUGCAGUUGCUGAAAGUAAUGUCUCUAGGCUCAGUAAGGAGAAGAACGAAGCUGAAUCUUGCAGAUCUCUUGCAGAGGUUGAAUUAGAAAAGGCUAGAUGGGAAAUUACUGAUCUGACUAGCAAAUUGUCAGAAGCUACAGUAACCCUCAAAACACAUGAGAACACAAUAUCUGAUUUUGAGACCAGAAUGGCUGUGCUACAUGAUGAUAACAAUGAUGCCCAAAUAGCUAGAACCAGCUUGGAGAAUGAACUGAAGAAGCUUAAAGAGGAAGCUGAUACCCAGGAAAGCAAGCUGCAAGAGGCACACACAAGUAUAAAAUCCCUUGAAGACGCCCUUUCAAAGGCAGAAAACGUGAUUUCUGAACUGGACAGUGAAAAGAAAGCUGCUGAACAGGAAAUAUCAACAUUGAGUGCCAAACUCAGUACCUGUUUGGAGGAUUUGGCUGGAACUCAUGGUAGCUUGGAGAGCAGAUCCUUAAAGCUCUUAGAUCACCUUAAAGGACUUGAACUAAUUGGGGAAGAUACAUCCUUAUUCUCUUCGCUUAGAAAAUGUCAUGAGUCAAAAUUGGAGUGCCUCAAUGAGAUAGAAGACGUGUGUAACAUCAUCAGGGGUCAGUGUGCUAAGUUGAGUCCGGAAAACAAUCUUUUGUCACAGGAACCUUCUUGCAUAACAAGGUUGCUGUCGACUAGCGUUGACGACAUUGUUGAUUUGGAUACUUAUAGAAGUCAUGGAGAUGCAGUAGAGGGUGAUGAUAUUUCUUUAUAUGCACAGAAGAUAGUGGAAGAGUUUCAUGUGAGAAAGAGAACCCUUGUUGAGAAAGUUGAUCGCCUUUCUUCCUUUCUAUGUGAGUGUGAUGCUUCUGUUGUGCAAGAAUUAAAGACUGUGAGCAAAUGGAUGAUGUCUGCAGUUGAGGAGCUGCAGUCUCUGGACCAGAAAGUGAAAAAUAUAGAAACAGAGUAUCAGGUUUUGAAGGAAAAAGUGAUCCCUCUGGAAGACGAAAUUUCCAUUUUGCUGUCUGCCUGUACUGAAGCUACUCAAGUGUUGCAGUUUGAAGUUGAGAAACGGAUAGAAUUUGGUUCAUCUCCUCAGUAUGAAAAUCAAAUUGAACCAAAGUCAAGCGAAAGCAAGCACAAAAUAGCUACUGAAUUGUUAUCUACAACUAGAAAGGUUUGUAGUGUAUGUGAGCAGUUGGAGAAUGCAAGGAACGGACUUUCAUCAGUGAUCGAGGAAUUGCAGAAUAAACUGAAUGAACUCAAAAUAGUACUAGACAAUACUACGGAGGAGCGGGACCUAUACUUAAAGAAAGUCUCUGAUCUAGUUGAACUAGAAAACAAUUGCAGCGAGCUGAGAUUGAAGCUGGAAAAUUAUCAAGACAUUGAGGAUAUGGUGCGGGAGAAAGAUAGGGAGAUAUUAUCACUGCAGAGCAGUUUGACGAUGAAAGAAAAAGAGGUGGGAGAAACACUCUUUUGGGCUUCUCAUAUGAGAAUCCUUAUAGGCAGAACAGAUCAUAUCAAGGUUUCUGUGGAAGAUUUUCAGUCUGAGGACAUGGAUUCUCAGGAUUCAGCCCAAUUAAAGAAACUGAUGUAUGUUAUUGAUACAUUCCCAGAACUGCAACAUCAAAUUGAGUUGCUUUCCCAUGAAAAAGAAGAGCUCCAGAUUGCUCUUACAGAACAACAUCGUGAAACAGAACUUCUGAAAGAAAGAAUACGAGCAAGUAUUGACCAUGAGGAAGAAUUGGUGAUGGUUAAGAGCAAAAUUAGCAGCUUGGAAUCUGGUCUUGAUAGAAUCAUUCAGAAGUUUGCUAGCAGGGAUGUAGCUGGGGACCAAAAAUCUGCUACCACGGAUGAUCUUUUACAAGUAUUAGAAAAGCAGGUAGUCACAACAAUAUCUGAAUCUAGAAAUUUGAAAUCUAAGAUCCAUGAACUGGAAUCAGAGGUCAAAAAGAGUGUCAGUACCGAAGAAGAAUUAGCAAAUAUUAAAGGGCAAUUACUUGAUCUUGAGGAAGGUGUGCUGAGAGUUAUCAAGAAUUUGGGAGGAGAUAUGGACUUGAAGCCUCUUGGUACGAGUGAUUUGUUACUAGUUUUGGAGAAGAUGGCGAUGUCAUUAACUUUGGAAUGUGAAAAGUUGAAAGGAAAAGACCAUGAACUUGGGUCAGAGAUCUGGAACAAUAGUGAUGAGCUAGAGUUAGCUAAGGUCAAAGGUCAGUUAGUUGAUCUUGAAGCAGGUAUGUGGAGGAUUUUCCUGAGAUUGAGAGGUGAUACAGCUAGGGAUCAAGGGCCAACAGAGACUAGGGAUCUUUUACAAUUGCUAGAAAGGCUGGUCAUGGCUGUAAUUACGGAGUCUGAAAAUUCAAAAUCUGAAGUUCAUGAACUUAAUUUUAAGUUACAUGAAAGCCAAAAGGCCGUGAAUGAGUUAUUGUUGAAGGUAAGAGUACUUGAAGAGUCGAUUCAGUCUAGAGUUGCUCCUGAUAUCAUUCAAGAAAGGAGCAUUUUUGAAGCACCAUCACAACCUUCCGCAUCUGAGAUUUCUGAAGUUGGAGAUGUGGGCCCUGUAUCAAAGCCUACCAUUUCUCCUGUUCCAUCUUCUACUCAUGUGAGAUCGACAUGGAAGGGACCUAGUGAUCAUAUUGCGUUAAAUAUAGAUUCAGAAUCAAGUAGAUUGAUUGAUAAUGAAGAAGCAGUUGAGGAUAAAGGUCAUGUUUUCAAGUCUCUUAAUACAUCUGGUCUUGUUCCAGUACAAGGAAAGUUGAUUGCUGAUCGGAUUGAUGGAAUAUGGGUAUCUGGUGGCCGAUUGUUAAUGAGACAGCCACGAGCACGACUUGGCCUCAUUGCAUAUUGGCUUGUCUUGCACAUAUGGUUACUAGGAACCAUUUUAUAACAAUGUAUGGCUGUAGGGGUAGAUUUCGAGGCAACAAAUCUAUACGUUAGAAUUGUAUUAGAAAUAGUGUUAUUUACUUAUUUGAUUAUUUUGGAUGAUGUUUAUAGUCAUGUAUAUGAUCCAUUAAAUUCAUUUUUCAGUAAUGUAGUUGCAUUUUUGCUUCGCCAA